AUGCGUGCUGUAGCUCAACUUGGGCAAGCUUACAAUGUUUCUGUCAUCGACGUUCCAAUCCCUACAAUCCUCAACGCGACCGACGUCAUUGUCAAGAUCAAUGCGACUGCCAUCUGUGGUUCGGACCUUCACACUUAUCAUGUUGUUUCUGGGUCUGAGGAUACGCCACUCCUCUACGGUCAUGAAGCUGUUGGAUACAUUACCGAGAUAGGUGAUGCCGUGCAGUUUCUCAACGUGGGCGACUACGUGAUCAUCCCCGACAACCUCGAUAAUGGUCACUACACCGUUGAGCCUGACCAUUACACCGUGCCCAUUGGAUUCGGCGGUGUCCAAGACGGCACUCCCGAAGCUCCGUUGCCCGGGCUUCAGACCGAAUACGCCAGAAUCCCCUUCGCCGACAACUCCCUCAUCACCAUCCCAAUCAACUCCACGACAAACGAAACAACCCUCUUCAACUACCUCUUCAUCACCGACAUCUUUUCCACAGCCUGGUCCGGCGUCACUUGGUCAGGCUUCCAACCCGGCGACUCAAUCGCAGUCUUCGGCGCCUGUCCCGUCGGUCUUCUUGCAGCCUACUCUGCCAUCCUCCGCGGUGCCUCUCGCGUCUACAUCGUCGAUGAUGUACAACAGCGUCUCGAUCUUGCAGCCUCCAUUGGCGCCAUCCCAAUCAAUUUCAACACUUCCGAUCCAGUAGGGCAGAUUCUCGCACACGAGCCCAUGGGAGUAAGAAGAGGUGUUGAAGCUGUGGGAUAUGAAGCCCGUCUCCCCAAUGGCACGAUGGAUGAAUCCAUCACUUUACGUCAGUUGGUCAAUGUGACCGCUAAUCAAGGUGGUAUAGGCGUCGUGGGCUUGCACAACAACGGCACCUACAAUUUUGACAUCGGCACUGUGUUCAACAAGGCUUUGACCAUUCAAGGCGGUAUCGUGCUGCCUUUGCAACAAGUUGCUGCUGAGUUGGUUCCACUAGUGACUUCUGGAAGGGCAAACCCGAGUUUUAUCGUCAGCAGUGUUAUUGGUAUCGAACAGGCGCCGGAAUACUAUGCACGCUUCUCCAGACAUGAGGAAAGUAAAGUUGUCAUUAGGUUUUGA